AUGUCGACGGCAUCUAGUCAGUCCCGAGGAGUCAACCGACGGAUCAACAGCCUCCAAAAUGAAGGUCGCCAUUCACGCAACUCGUCUCUCUCGCGCCGGCGACCUCUUACGGCCGCUAUCGCAAGCAGCCAUGCUCUCCGCGUAGCCUACCUGACCUACCUACUUCACCCUCGAUCCCGUCGCAUCCAAACUGCACCAGCCGCGCCGGCGCGGCCGAAGCGAUCCUCGACCUCGAUCCAUGAUUUGAUGAGUGACUUUUCGCUAGUCAGGGACUCGAAGAGCACCAGGAUUCCUCAUGGCUUUGUGUCGGAGCUGGAGAAGCGGUUGACGGGGGUGUUGAUGGGAAGGGAGAAAAAGAAGGAAUACCAGGAUCACUUGGUGGUGCGCACUUUCGCCGUCUUUCUCAAUGUACUCAAGGAGGACUCCUUCCGCAAGCGCAUGGAGAAAGACCGCCGUGCCGAGGAUCUGCUCCUUAUCUUUUACUCCAACGCAGUUAAAGAGUUGAGCAAGGGCAAGGAACAGGACGAUGAUAGCUGGAAGCUCAUGGUGGAUCGCCACGUUGCGCUCUUUGUCCGUCUCUUGGCGCUGAUACUGAAGAGCAACGACUGGGCCAAGGACCGUCCGGAGCUUGCAAACCGAUUGUCGGUGCUAGAAAACAAGCUUCUUCUGCAGGAUCAGGACUUGACGGGUUCAAAUGGCACGACAUCGACGACGGAGGUUCUUGCCCCGCUGAGUUACGAUGUGAAGGACAUGCCUUUGGUACAACAUGUGGCCAAGAUCUUUGGGAUGACGAAUGCCCAAGCCCAGUCCGAGAUCGAUAAACACAAGUCUGUUUGGACUGAAAAGGCAGCUCUGCAAGAUCUCAAGACCUACCAAACACAGUUGAGCCUUCAUACCCGGAAGACGCUGUGUAGAGAAGACUUUGAGACGGACGAUGCGUUUGAAACUUGGAAGAAGAGCGAAGGUCCCGAUUUGUCGCAGAUGAUGCUUGCAAUCGUGCAGUCCAAUCCGGAACUUGCGAAAAGCACUCCUGGAGCUCUACCAAAAUUCAACGCAGCUGCCGGGGACGACUUGUCCUCGCCUCGAGACCGAACAUCCUACGCGAUCGAUCAAUCUGUUGACUUCAGCUCGCUCUCGUUGAGCGGGGCCGAUGGCGACUCUGAAGAGUCAGACACAUAUACCUUUAUCCCAUCGGAUCCGCGAGGCGUGUACAGGUUCAUUCUGAACCAGACAUUGACCCACGACCUUCGUGAUCGGGAAAUUGAAGCGAGUCAGGCUACAUCAGAUACGCCAUCGAUGAAAUUACUCUCAAAGCAAUCCACAGAAAUGCUCAACGAAAUUUGUCUCCGCUGGCGGAUUCCCAAUUUCUCGCGUAUCGUGUUGUUCCUCGACGUCAUUCAAUCCAAAUACGUGGACUCUGAAAUUGAUCUCAACACGCUGGACUCGGCAUUCACAUUUGUGAAAGAGUCGCCCAGUAGCGAGCCGCGGGCCAAACGCAGCAGUUAUGUAGCUUCUUCCGUCUUUGAUAGGCAGAAAUGGAGCGUGCAUGAUUUGCAGACCAUGCAGCAGCUAUUGUCCAAGAUCCAUGAGGCCCUGUUGCGUGAACUUUACGAUGUGAUGAUGGACUGUUUCGAAGCGAAACCCCGCCCGAUUGGUCCUGUAAUGUACAUUCUUGAGAAUCACAUCCAGAUGGAUCCGAGCUAUACGGAGAACCCCGAGGACAUUAACCGUUUCUCCUCGUAUGUGCAGGAUGGUCUCGCGCAGAAGGCUACGGAGAAAUAUCAGAGUCUCAUCGGCCAGUUGAUUCCUGUCGACCAGGAAUCAUGGCGAACUGAUAAUGUAAUCCAGCUAGGUGAUGCGAUUUCAAAGUUGGCACAGAAGAUUCAGAAGCGUUACCGGAAUAACCCUGAGAUUAUGGGUGUAAACCCUCAUCUCACACUGUGUGUCAACAUGCUCCCCUUGUUUGCGGAGGACGCGCAUGAAAUGGUCAUUCGAAUUAUUGAGCACGCCAAAUCCGAGAACGAGGAAAUCGAUAUUGAAGACGGAUUCGACCUGUACAGGCAGCUUGCUACGAUCAGACGUCUUUUCACAAACACCAUCCCCGAGACUCAAUUCCCGUUCCACGUGGAGGGUCUCCUGGAAGAGUUUGUCUGGCGUUGGCUCCGUCUUACAGAUCAAAGUGUCAUGGAAUGGGUCAAUCAAGCCAUUCGGCAAGACAAAUUCACCGUCCGUGGAGGGGAGCUCGCCGAGGUUGUUCCAGAGGAGAAUCGGCACAGUGUGUCGGUGAUUGAUAUCUUCCGCUCUUACAACCAGGUGGUGGAGAAUCUGAUCGGGCUGGAAUGGGACGACGAUCUUCAGUAUGCCAAGUUCAUGACCGCUCUUUCAAACUCCAUGGGCAAAGGUGUUGCAAAGUACUGCGAAUCUGUGGAGCAGAUGUUUGCCCGGGAGAUGGACCGUCUCACCCCGGAGCAAGAAGCGGCAUUGAACCAGACCACCCAAGAGAAGCUCAUGCAAUUCGCCAAGGACACAUGGACGAACAAGGACAAGAUCGAACCGUUCCAGUUCUCUUCUGAGUCCCUAGUGAAGUUGAACAACAUCGAGUACGCUCUCACGCAACUAGACAGACUUGAGCGCGAAAUCAACGUUGACGGAUGUGCCGAUGUUAUCGCUAAGAACACCCCGCCACAGCUCAAGAAAGUCCGCAAGUCCACUACAUAUGUCUUUACAAUCAAGGUCGUAGAGGCAGAAGACCUCAAGGCCUGCGACAUGAAUGGUGGCAGCGAUCCAUACGUGGUCUUGGCUGAUGAGUACCAAAAGCGGAUUGCGAAGACGCGCAUCAUCUAUAAUAACCUCAACCCCCGGUGGGAGGAUGCCGUCGAUAUCACCACGCAGGGACCUUUGAAUAUCAUCGCGACUAUCUGGGAUUGGGAUGCAGUAGGUGAUCACGACUACGUUGGGCGAACGUCGAUCAAGUUGGAUCCCGUCCAUUUCAGCGAUUUCCUCCCGCGGGAGUAUUGGCUCGAUCUGGAUACUCAGGGACGGCUUCUACUCCGUGUGAGCAUGGAGGGUGAGCGUGAUGACAUCCAAUUCUACUUUGGCAAAGCUUUCCGUACCCUCAAGCGCACGGAGAGGGACAUGACUCGGAGGAUCACCGAAAAGCUCUCUGCCUAUAUCAGCCAUUGUCUGUCUCGCCGGACAUUGAAAUCCCUACUCUCCCGCGGCCUCAGCAUGUCGACCGUAUCGAACUUCCUAAACCGCAAUCGCGGACAACCAACCUCUACAGGUCCCACCCCUGCCGACGUUGAGAAUGCCCUUGACCCACUCUUCAACUACUUCAAUGACAACUUCGCCAUCAUGAACAAAACGCUCACCGAAGAAGCCAUGCGCAUGGUAAUGGCCCGUCUCUGGAAGGAAGUCCUCGCCACUAUCGAAAGUCUCCUCGUCCCACCUCUCUCCGACAAGCCCUCGCACCAAAAGCCACUCACUAUGCAAGAAGUCGAUAUUGUCUCACGCUGGCUCGUGCUACUCCUAAACUUCUUCCACGCCGUCGACGAGGAAACCGGCGAGGCCGGUGGUGUCCCAAUCGACAUUCUCAAAUCCCCCAAGUACCACGAGAUCCAAAGUCUGAACUUCUUCUACUUCGAGCCGACGGAGAAUUUGAUCCGUACUUCCGAGCGUAUGGCUUCUGCCAACGUGAACCGUCAGCAAGCCAACCGUAACCGUGCAUCGGCGCCUGCGCAUCUAGGCGCUACGGGUCCCAGCUAUGGUGGACUAGGCGUGCCGGCUGCCCGCCGCGCAAAGAGUAUUAUGCUGUCACGGAACUUGGGCACGAUGAGGAAGGUUAAGGAGGAGAAGCGGCGCGAGGCACAAGCGGAUCCUAACGACGACAUGAUCCUGCGAAUUCUGCGUAUGAGGCCCGAGGCUGCAGGAUAUCUACGGGAUCGCAGUCGUCAGAAGGAAAGACUUGCAGCUGCAGCAGCUGCAGAUGCCAUUGUCAAGCAGAGUUUGAUGGCUGGUGUGGGAAGUCGAAUGAGUGGGACGAUUCCACGGCGUUGA